UAAUUUUACAAAUCUUUUCAAAAUAGAUUGUUAUUUGCAAGAGUUGGGAAUUUUUCACCUAUAUAAAGAAUACAUGAAUGUUAUGUCUUUAUGAAGCUGAAGUAAACCGAAACGAUUUCGGUACGAAAUUAACGAACAAGCAUAAAUCUUUCUUUUCUUCUCCAGUUUUGAUUGAGCUCGGAAAGUUUGGUUGGCUGGUUAAAGUGGUGGAUCAGUAAUUAACUUUCCGUUGACUUGAAUUACCGGAUUUUCACCGUAUUGCUACUAUAUUACUGGCAAGAAACCUUAAUACGCAGACUAAAUUCAUCAUUCAGAGCAUUCAGAGAGAAAAUGAUUUAUUCUGCAAUAGGUAUUAAAAAAAUACACAGUUUCUAUGUAUAAUUUCAUAGACACCAAUGACUAGACAAUACUACAGUAAGCGUUGCAGUAUUCGCACGAUCGCUUUUGAUAAGUUCCCAAAAUAUAGUCUAAUUAGAAGUGGGCCAUGUUAACCGAGAAAUAGCACAUGACCUAAGUGUUUUCCACUUACUAUAAACAGGCUAAAAAAGUGUAGGUAACUGCUUCUUUUAACGGUCUUCACGUAAACGAAAACCGGUACCCCUAGGGGCACAUGUAAAGAAGCUUAGGAAGUUUAAUUGAUUAGUUGACCGUAGAUUAAUUUUAUAAAAAAGCUAUCUAAAAUUCAUCUAUCUGCUUAUUCUUUGCUAACCCUUUUGUUAGUCUUGCACUAACUAUUCAUUAACUUCAAUUUAUAGAAGAAAGUCUAGAGAACUUUUAGUCAAUUUUUUGUGAUAUAAAAUAACAAAUUUGUUAAAUCUGUUAAGAAAACUAAAAGGUUCCGCUACUUAACACUUGUAAUGAGCGUAUCGAAUUGCUCGUGUGUAACGUAAGCGUUUGCUAAGUGACCUUCAAUUUCUGAAAACUAUAAAUCUGUUUUCCGAAUAGUAUAUAUACCCGAGCAAACGUGAUCUAUCUGUACAAUAGUUCGAUUUUAUUUUGUAUAGUUAGUACUAAACGAGAACGAAACUAAAAAUCAAAAUGAACAAGAUUUUAUUAUUAGGAUUCUUCCUAUUCAGCAUAACGACAUGUAAUGGAGAUGCUGGCUCAACAUAUGGAGGUGGUGCUGCUGGUUCAUAUGGCGGUGGUGCGGCUGGUUCUACUGGAGAUGCUUCAGCUCAGGGAGACGCGCAACUAGGUGUUGUCGCUGAAGCCAGUGCCAGUGCCAGUGCCAGUGCCUCAGUUGCACGCUGAUCCACAUUGAAUCGAAAUUUGUUCAUUGUUUUAUUAUGUCUGUAUAUACAUUAAUUAUUUGAACACAACAGCAAAUUAAUUAAUAAAUUUUUUUAUAACUCUCAUUAA